UCAGCACUCACAGCCGGCAAAGUGUGUGAAUAAAGUCAUGCCAGUUGGAACUACGUCAGUCUUAUGAUGGCGAUUCUGGCAGUCAAGAAAGUCAGCGAACUUGUCCCCGAAGCAGCCCGGAGCAGCAGCACAUCGAACGUGGAAUCCGACACUGCGACACUGAAGCGAGGCAAGCUGGCGGAAGUGCAGAUAGGAAGAUCGGGAGGAUUCGCAGGACGAAUCGGAGCACGAGGAAGCCACUGGCUCACGCUCCUGGUGCUGAUGCUGUGCAAUUUUGUUGAUUUUACCGUUUCGAACCAAAUCUCAACAGUGAGCGCCUUCGAGCCGGACUUCGUCAUACCGCUGGAGAACGUAACCAUCGCCCAGGGCCGGGACGCGACCUUCACCUGUGUGGUGAACAAUUUGGGUGGUCAUCGGGUGAGUGGCGACGGUGCGACAGUCCCCGCCAAGGUUGCCUGGAUUAAGGCCGAUGCGAAGGCCAUUCUGGCCAUACACGAGCACGUGAUAACCAACAAUGAUCGAUUAACGGUGCAGCACAACGACUACAACACUUGGACACUCAACAUACGCAGCGUCAAAAUGGAGGACUCCGGCAAAUACAUGUGUCAAGUCAACACGGAUCCCAUGAAGAUGCAGACAGCCACCCUGGAGGUGGUCAUACCACCGGACAUUAUCAACGAGGAGACCUCCGGCGAUCUCAUGGUGCCCGAGGGCGGUGCCGCCAAGCUGGUGUGCCGGGCACGCGGUCAUCCCAAGCCGCGGAUCACCUGGCGCCGCGAGGAUGGACGCGAGAUUAUUGCACGGCACGCUGGCCACCAGAAGACCAAAGCUCCGUCCGUCGAAGGCGAAAUGCUGACGCUCUCGAAAGUCACGCGAUCGGAAAUGGGCGCCUACAUGUGCAUCGCCUCGAACGGAGUGCCGCCAUCGGUGAGCAAGCGGAUGAAGCUACAGGUGCACUUUCAUCCGCUGGUUCAAGUGCCAAAUCAAUUGGUCGGCGCCCCGGUCCUAACGGAUGUCACAUUAAUUUGCAAUGUCGAGGCAUCGCCAAAGGCCAUCAAUUACUGGCAGCGCGAGAAUGGCGAAAUGAUUAUUGCCGGCGAUCGUUAUGCCCUCACCGAGAAGGAGCACAACAUGUACUCCAUGGAGAUGGUGCUGCACAUUAAGCGGCUGCAGUCGAGCGAUUUCGGUGGCUACAAGUGCAUCUCAAAGAACAGCAUCGGGGACACCGAAGGCACCAUUCGUCUGUAUGAAAUGGAACGUCCCGGCAGGAAGCAAAUGCGCGAUGACGAAAUCAACGAAGUGACGAGAAACGAGGUGGAGAACCGUCACAAGGAGAAUCGGCACGAGGAGGGCUCACGCAACCAGAAUGGUCGUCUGUACAAGGACCGCACCCAGGAGCCGGAGCUGGGCAGCUCAGCAGAUUCGACCCGUGCCCCAGCCCCGGCACAGGGCACAAUGCAGCUAAUCAAGACAUUUAUAUUAGCCCUAUUGGUGCUAUUAGCCACAACAGCGACAGCCGAGGCGGUGGCGCCAACAACCACAACGGCGGCGGCCACAAUGCUCUUCUACACAAAGGGCGCCGCCAGACAAAAGGACACAAAGGAAACGAAUUUGAGGCUCGAGCUAAAUGGGGCCGGGGAUGCGGAGCACGAGUACUGCGAAAGAUCAGCGGCGACGGCCAGAAUCGGCUGGAGCGUGCAAGGAUUAGCAGCCCGCACACCGGCAACAAAGUAAGAUUAUUAUAGCUUAAUUCAAUUGUAAUUAUACAAACGCGAUUAUACGGUGG